GGCACAAUAACCUCUUCUCAUUCGAUUAACCAUUUCAUGUUCAUGGAUUGAUAUUUCAGAAAACUAACCCGGUGGUAGCAGAGAUUUUCUCUCUUAUGUCCAGGGAUGAAGCUAGGCAUGCAGGGUUCCUGAACAAGGGUUUGUCUGAUUUCAAUCUGGCAUUAGACCUGGGGUUCUUGACAAAGGCAAGGAAAUAUACUUUCUUCAAGCCGAAAUUCAUAUUUUAUGCUACUUAUUUAUCUGAGAAAAUUGGAUACUGGAGGUACAUUACCAUAUACAGACAUCUCAAAGCCAAUCCUGAGUACCAAUGCUACCCAAUUUUCAAGUACUUUGAGAACUGGUGCCAGGAUGAGAACCGUCAUGGUGAUUUCUUCUCUGCUUUGCUUAAGGCACAGCCUCAGUUCCUCAAUGAUUGGAAGGCAAAGUUGUGGUCUCGAUUCUUCUGCCUCUCGGUGUACGUGACAAUGUACCUUAAUGACUGUCAACGAACUGCUUUCUACGAGGGCAUUGGGCUUAACACCAAAGAAUUUGACAUGCAUGUCAUCAUCGAGACAAACAGGACAACCGCUCGGAUUUUCCCAGCUGUGCCGGAUGUUGAGAACCCCGAGUUCAAGAGGAAGUUGGACAGUAUGGUGGAGAUUAACCAGAAGUUGAUUGCUGUUGGGGAGAGCCAGGACAUUCCCCUGGUGAAGAACUUGAAGAGGAUCCCACUGAUCACAGCAUUGGCUUCUGAGCUCUUGGCUGCAUAUCUGAUGCCACCCAUUGAAUCUGGAUCUGUUGAUUUUGCUGAGUUUGAACCACAGCUCGUAUACUGAUAUCUUGGAUCUUGUACAAGUGCCAAUUGUCCGGUCAACUUUUACAUUCAGUUUUGAUGUCAGUAUGAUCUCAAGAAUUAGCCCAUGGGACUAGGGAAACGUUGCAGCGGAGGGUGUAACUUGUUUCUGUUGUAGUAAUAUAAAACUUGUUUGAUUGCAAAUUAGCCAUUAGGAUCACAUAAUCCUUAACAAGAUCCAUCCAUCUGUUCUUGGUUUAUAGUUCCGUGCAUUAUGAACCGUAAAACAAUUCAUCU